GGUCAGGUCCCAUCAUGGCGGCUGAAGAGGCGGAUGUGGAUGUCGAAGGGGACGUGGUGCCAGCGGCGGCACCGUCUGGAAGUGAUGAAAAUACAGCAUCUGUUUUACAAGACCACUAUCUUGACUCAUCGUGGAGAACUGAGAAUGGUCUUAUUCCUUGGACUCUGGAUAGCACCAUCAGUGAAGAGAACAGAGCUGUCAUUGAGAAAAUGUUGUUGGAAGAAGAGUAUUAUUUAUCCAAAAAGUCACUUCCAGGAAAAUUCUGGCUUGAUCAAAAGGAAGAUGAUAAAAAAUACAUGAAGAGUCUGCAGAAACCAGCAAAAAUCAUGGUACACUCUCCUACAAAACCAGCCAGUUACUCAGUAAAGUGGACGAUAGAAGAAAAAGAGCUGUUUGAACAAGGGCUGGCUAAAUUUGGCCGAAGGUGGACCAAAAUUGCAAAGCUAAUUGGAAGUCGCACUGUUUUACAAGUGAAGAGUUAUGCCAGACAGUACUUUAAAAAUAAGGUAAAAUCAGAUGGUCCAGAGAAGGAAACACCAAAUCAGAAAAACAGCAGUGGUUUUCAGAUGAAAAAUGAAGAUGAAGGCACAAAGGCAUGGACACCAUCAGGUUUAAGGGGUCGUGCUGAUCCCAACUGGAAUGCUGUAAAAAUUGAAAAGUUAUCUGAUGAUGAAGAAGUAGACAUCACAGAUGAGGCAGAUGAGUUGACUUCUCAAGCUCCCCAAAAGAAUCUUAGCAGUGAUCUCUUAUUAGAUGUCUCUAAAAAUAAAAGUCAUGAAACCAGUAAAGGAGAAUUCAUUGCUUCUGACAGCCAGGAAGAUCGCACUUCUAAAUCUUCCAAGGAUUAUCUUCAGAAUAUAAAGCAAGGUGAGAUGGAAACACUUUCAAGCUCAGGAAAUACAUUUUGGACUGAAAAUCACAACACCAGUGACCAAAAAUCAGUUGAAUUAUAUGAUCAGAAAUGUAAUAAACUGAUGAAAAACUGUAAUAAGCAUGAUGGAAAUGGAAUAAUAGAUGAUGCCAGGCAGUUACCUUCUCCAGAGCCUUGUGAAGUUCAGAAAGACUUGAGUGAUAAUGAAUUGCUUUUUCAUUCUUCCUGCCAAAUGGAGGAGGAGAGCCAUGAGGAAGAAGAGCUUAAGCCACCAGAACAAGAAAUAGAAAUUGAUAGAAAUAUCAUUCAAGAGGAAGAAAAACAAGCAAUUCCUGAGUUUUUUGAGGGACGCCAAGCUAAAACACCAGAACGCUAUUUGAAAAUUAGGAAUUAUAUUUUGGACCAGUGGGAGAUAUGCAAACCGAAAUACUUAAAUAAGACCUCAGUACGUCCUGGCCUGAAGAACUGUGGGGAUGUUAAUUGUAUUGGACGGAUUCAUACAUACCUCGAGUUGAUAGGAGCAAUCAAUUUUGGAUGUGAACAGGCUGUAUAUAACAGGCCACAGCCAGUUGAUAAAGUACGAAUCAGAGACAGAAAAGACACAGUAGAAGCGUACCAACUUGCCCAGCGUCUGCAGUCUAUGCGUACAAGGAGACGUAGGGUCCGAGACCCGUGGGGAAAUUGGUGUGAUGCAAAAGACUUAGAAGGACAAACGUUUGAGCAUCUCUCUGCUGAGGAGUUGGCAAGAAGAAGAGAAGAGGAAAAAUGCAAACCUGGUAAAUCUUCAAAAGUGCCAAGGCCAACAAAAAGCUCAUUCGAUCCCUUCCAACUGAUACCUUGUAAUUUUUUCAGUGAAGAAAAGCAGGAGCCAUUUCAGGUGAAAGUGGCUUCAGAAGCACUUUUAAUAAUGGAUUUGCAUGCUCAUGUUUCUAUGGCAGAAGUGAUUGGUCUGUUAGGAGGAAGAUACUCAGAAGUUGAUAAGAUAGUUGAGGUCUGUGCAGCAGAGCCAUGUAACAGUCUGAGUACAGGACUACAGUGUGAGAUGGAUCCCGUCUCACAAACACAAGCCUCGGAAACCUUGGCUGUCAGGGGCUAUAGUGUUAUUGGAUGGUAUCAUUCUCAUCCUGCCUUUGAUCCUAAUCCUUCCUUACGAGAUAUUGACACUCAAGCCAAAUACCAGAGUUACUUCUCCAGAGGCGGUGCAAAGUUCAUUGGAAUGAUUGUUAGUCCUUAUAAUAGAAAUAAUCCUUUACCUUAUUCUCAGAUUACCUGCCUGGUUAUAAGUGAUGAAAUUAGCCCAGAUGGCUCUUAUCGUUUACCUUAUAAAUUUGAAGUACAACAGAUGUUAGAAGAACCUCGGUGGGGAUUAGUGUUUGAAAAGACAAAAUGGAUAAUAGAAAAAUAUGGGCUAUCCCGGAGCAGUGUCCCCAUGGAUAAAAUCUUUCGCCGGGAUUCUGACCUGACUUGUUUGCAGAAACUUUUAGAGUGUCUGAGGAAAACUCUGAGCAAAGUGGCCAAUUGCUUCAUUGCUGAAGAAUUCUUGACUCAAAUAGAAAAUUUAUUCCUUUCCAAUUACAAAAGCCAGCCAGAGAACGGAGCGGCCGAAGAGAAGUGCACCGUGGAGCCAAAGGCGCUGUUAACGUGACUAUUUUAAAGUAAGACGUCUUAACCGCGACACAGUAGACCGUACUUGCAGAGUUAUAGCCUUGAAAUUAUUGUAAUUUAGUUAACAGUGGUACAGCUUUUAUUUUUUUUUUUAUUUUUAUUUUUUUGCUAGUUCAUGAAAUCCAGAUUUUGCCACAUAAACCAUGUGACAAGAAAGAGACACGGGCUUGGACUUGUUUUCAUAUGUGGCGCUCAGUCCUCCUCGGCCGGUCAGCAGGGUGUGGACUGAAGGGCGGCCCCCCUGGUCUCUUCAGGUUGAUAAGUGCGCUGUGUCUCAGAUUGUUAUUUCCCCCUGAACUAGUCAUUCCAGUUUUGCUGUCUCCUGUCUCAUGAGGAGCACUUCUAUUCUUUUCAUGUGUUUUGGUGAGGCUUGUUUAUGGUUGCAAAUGAGAUACGGGUGGGUGGUCACAGCGGUAAUUAACAUGGUUGAGAACUGCUGGUUUAAUGAAUCUAAGGACAUGCUGUGGGAGGCCAGGGGAGGCAUCAGGAGAAAAUCUUCAAAACAGACAAGAGACCUAAAGGAGAGAAUCAAAUUACCAGUUUUUUAAUUACAGAUAUUUGCUUCCAUUUUAUUGUAUAACAACACUACUAUAGGAUAUGCCAUUUUCUCAGCUGAAACAUUUUAUAUGGAUUUCAGAUACAUAACAUAAUAAGCUUCAACUAUAGGUCCACUUAUGUUCAUUUGUGUGAUAAAGCCUCGGUUAACUGGAACACAGGUAAUCAUAACCCUUAAACUAGACUUUUUUUUUUCCUACUACCUGCUAUGAGGAGAAAGAGGCAGAUUACAAUAAAGCUUAAAUAAAUCAGAUUUAAUUUUAAAAACAAAAAAUCCUUCCAGCACAUAUUAUGUAUUCAGCCCUGUUUCAUAUACUUGCUGAAUCCAGAACAGGGGUCAGUGAACUUUUUAUGUAAAGGGGCAGUUAGUCAGUAACUUAGGCUUUGCAGGCUACACACCAUCUCUAUCAGACAUUCUUCUUUAUGUUUUUUAACAACCUUUAAAAACAUAAAACCAUUCUUAGCUCAUGAGGCUCACAGAAAACAGGUUGCUGGCCAUUAUCUUCCAAACCCUGCUCCAGAGAAUUGCAAACAUUUAGAAUUUAUUUUCAAAUGCAUGAGCCUGAGACAUUGAAAGGUCUUGUAUCAUCUUCAAACAACAAUAAAACUAAAA